CUUCCUACCUAUAAAUGGCGAAGGCCCCGCUUCCGAGUUUCUCCGAGAGGUAGGGUUUCUGCUGUUGCCGUCGAGCGCCAUGCCGUCGCACAAGACCUUCCGGAUCAAGAAGAAGCUGGCGAAGAAGAUGAGGCAGAACCGCCCCAUCCCCCACUGGAUCCGCAUGAGGACCGGAAACACCAUCAGGUACAACGCCAAGCGCAGGCACUGGCGCCGAACGAAGCUAGGGUUUUGAGGACGCCCUAGGUUUUGCUCCUUGUCUUUUUUAGAGCUAGGGCUUCUUUCUUGCUUAAUUUCGUUUAGUGCGAGACAUGUAACUGGGAUUUGUCUUUACCUGGGUUCAAUAUUGAACCUUGAAUGAGGAAGGAGUCCUGUUGGGAUGUUGAGAUGUUAGCAUUGUAUUUUGGGCUCUGGUGAGCUAGUCAUCGUUGUCUUGAGAAAUGAUGUUAAUUAUUUAAAAUUUUGCUAUUUUUUCCGUUGAUUUUUAUUCCUAUAAAAGAGGGUGCUCUAAUGCAGUAAUUCAUGAAGUAUAUGGUUUGUUUGUUAUAUUACUAAUUUGAUCUAUGUUGUUAAUUGUAAUAUUAUUCAUAGAUGGUUUCUA